AUUGGCGGGAUUUCUUCUCUUAAAUCUUUUGAUCAAUGCUGUAGCCAAUGGAUGUCUUCCUCCGGUGCAGACUUAUUCCUGUCUACCGUAUGGUAACGACGUUUACCAUUGGUCAGUGACACUGUCAAACAUAGCCAAUCCGAUGGCCUGUUUCAUGUCGUUUAUGUUUCCGGUUGUGCCCCAAAGAAUCAUAUACAGUGUAUCAGCCGGAGGAUUUGCUACAGCGGCUUACAUCAUGUAUACAGCAUCAUCAAGUCCUGUGCCCGUCUUAAACGACAACAAUGUUGGUCCAAUUCUCGUGGUUUUUGCCUGGAUAGCGACAAUGGCACUUCUGACUUUUGCUAAGGUGAGCAUCGCAACGCUAUUCCGCAACGAGGGAAAGGAUUCGCUGAGGAUGUACGGGAUCGGGUCACAGGCGGGGUCAACACUGGGGGCAAUCAUCAUGUAUAUACUCAUCAACGUCAUCGGAGAGUUUGAAAAUGCCGUACCGUGUCCUACAUAAUUUUUUUUUUUUUUUUCGAACUAUGUGCUUUUAAAGAAACAUUGAAUAUGCAACUAAAGGGAACUAGUUUCAAUUCAACCCGACAAUACCAUAGUUUCAUAAUAUGUUUUCUCUGUCAAAUGUCUGUUAACACUUUCUCUUAUGAUAUUGACUACGUAAUCUCUGUUAAGGUUUUUCAAUGUGUGUGUGCGUAGUUGUAUGUAAAUGUGGUUAUUUAAAGCUAUGCUUUCACAAAAUAAAGUCUGUUCAAAUUUGUUUAUUGUUCUUCCAAGAACACAUAAAUUGUUAAAUAUUAAUGAGGUGCUUGCUAGUGUAGUUUAGGUAAAUAUGUCAAGAAUUCUAAAAAAAACUCUUCGUGUCAUUAUCUAUAGAAAUAUGUAGAAUAUAUUCAUCUGACAUGUUCCCACAUCAGUAUUCCAUUGCGAUAUGUAAAUAUAUUUUUGAUAACUCGGAAUGUUGUACAGUAUAGUGUUUGAUAUUUUGUUAGUCGCAAACAAUUGUCCAAUAAUUUUAAACUGAAGAAAGAGGAGGGAUAUGCUAUUUUUC